AUGGCGGAGGGGCUGGAGCGCGUUCGUGUUUCGGCUGCCGAGCUGCGGGACAUGGUGGCGGCUCAGGCCCGCGCUGCAGCUGGCGGUGGACGAGAAAAUGUGAAGGAAAUGAAGGAGCCAAGGCAUCGCAAAGACAACAGGCGCCCAGACCUGGAGAUUUACAAGCCUGGCCUCUCCCGACUGAGGAGCAAACCUGUGCCACCAAAGCACGAGGCCUCAGAAAAGGAGAGGAGCAGGGCCGAAGAGGGCAAUGAGGAGAGUGCCAGUGACAAGGGCUCUUUGGGAGGAGAGGCUCCAGUCAUGGAGGACUUCGACAGAGGUGAUGGCCCCAAGCAGAAUGGUCCUUCUCAAGAAAAUGAAGAAAAGAUGGAGACUAAGGGUGAUCUUCAGAGCCAGGAGAACUUGUCCAAGCAGCCUGCUUUGGAUGAAUGGUGUCCCAAAACCACCAGGAGAACCAAGAAGCCAGACCAGCAGAUCUACCAGCCUGGGAAACGCCUGUAUUCAGCUGCUAAAGAACCCUCCCCGCGGUCAGCUACUGAGGAAAUCACCAGUAAGAUAGAGCAGCUGAAAGUUGAGAGAGAUGAAGAGGCUGAGAAAGGCAUUGGAAAAGACAGUAACAGGAGAGCCAAAUCAAGCAAGGAGGAUAGAGGGGGGAGCCAGGCAGGGGAGGGACUGAAAACCUCAAGGGGUGAAAAAGGAAGACAAACAGAGCGAAGUGACAGGAUAAGGAGAACCAGCAGCGAGGGGAUGCAGGGUAAGCUGGGCCCUACCAAGCGCUACUCCCGCUCCGACAAGCGGCGCAGCCGGUACCGCACCUGCAGCACCAGCUCAGCCGGGAGCAACAACAGCGUGGAUGGAGCCCCGCUCAGGGACGGCGUGGAGAGGCGGCAGGAGCGUGCCAGGGAAAGGCUGCGCCCGAGGAAGCAGCUCUCUGCAUCUUCCACUGACUCCUUGGAUGAUGACAGGAUCGAUGAGACGGUGGCAUAUGGCUCCAGCAGGAACGUGGACAAGAAGAAGCGGUCAGAGCUGAGUCGAACUUCUAGGAGCGAGAGUGAGUGGAGCAGCAAUGGCAGGGAAGUCAAGGGACCCUUUCGAGUCACGUUUGACAGCAGGACUAUGAGCAGGGACAUCAGUCUGGCGGAGACAGAUAAAAAAAAGCCCCUGAAGGCAUUUAUUAGUGGUAAUGACUCAGAGGCUUUGGAGGCGAGGAGCUGGAGCAGAGAGCCCCAGGGGAGGGGCCGUGGGAUUCUCUUCCUGCCUGCUAACACAGACCUCUCUGCCAGCACUGCCGGCUCCACCGAACCCACUCACCCUGGGCCCAGGCUCCUGCUUGGUGGGGCUGGCAGUAAAGUCCUCCGAAGCAGGGGCCGAGGCGGUGCUGCUCGCAGACUGUGGGACCCAAAUAACCCGGACCAAAAACCUGCCCUGAAGAGUCAGACCCCUCAGCUUCACUUUCUGGACACAGACGAUGAAGUGAGCCCCACCUCAUGGGGGGAAGCCCGUCAGGCCCAAACAUCCUACUAUAAAUUCCAGAACUCUGACAACCCCUACUAUUACCCUCGGGCUGCUGGCCAAGGCCCCCAGUAUCCUUAUGGUGGGUACUCCCUGCAGUAUCCUAUGGGUCCAAGCAACGGUGUGUACCCAGGAGCCUAUUACCCUGGGUACCCCAACCAGGUGGGGCAGUACAUGUGUGGCCCACUCUCCCCGACUCCUCUGAGCCCUGAGAUGGAGCAGCAGAUGCGGAACAUGCAGCAGCAGGAGCUCAGCAAACUCCUCCGCGAGGCUGGGAACCAGGAGCAGCAGCUCAGCAAUUUGCUUUCCAGAGACCGCAUUAGCCCAGAGGGGCUGGAGAAGAUGACCCAGCUGAGGGUGGAGUUGCUGCAGCUGUAUGAAAGGUGCAUCCUGAUGGACAUUGAGUUCUCUGACACCCAGAACGUGGACCAGCUGCUGUGGAAAAAUGCAUUUUAUCAGGUGAUCGAGAAAUUCCGACAGCUCCUCAAGGACCCUCAGGGGGAAAACGCCCAUGAAAUUCGGAACAAACUGCUCCAGCUUCUAGAUGAGGGCUCCUCUUUUUUUGAUGGCCUGCUCCAGAAGCUGCAGCUGUCAUACCAGUUCAAGCUAGAGGACUAUAUGGAUGGGAUGGUCAUCCGCAGUCAGCCUCUGAGGAAAAUGGUGAAGUAUGCCCUGAUCAGCGCUCAGAGGUGCAUGAUCUGCCAGGGGGACAUUUGCCGGUACCGAGAGCAGGCGAACGACACCGCCAACUACGGCAAGGCUCGCAGCUGGUACCUGAAGGCUCAGCAGAUUGCUCCCAAAAACGGCCGCCCGUACAACCAGCUGGCACUUCUGGCCAUCUACACGAGGAGAAAGCUGGAUGCUGUCUACUACUACAUGCGCAGCCUGGCUGCUAGCAACCCCAUCCUCACAGCCAAGGAGAGCCUCAUGAGCCUGUUUGAAGAGACCAAACGCAAGGCCGAGCAGUUGGAGCAGAGGAAGCAUCAGGUGCUGGACCUGAGCCCCAGCCGCCGGGGGAAGGGCAAGAAGUCCACACUGCGACAAGUUGGAGACGAUGCCACGCGGCUGGAGAUCUGGAUCCAUCCCUCCCACCCCCGCUCCUCCCAGGGCCACGAGUCCGGCAGGGACUCUGAGCAGGACAACAGCCUUGGGAACCUCAGCCCCAGCGACCUGAACAAAAGGUUCAUCCUCAGUUUUCUCCAUGCCCAUGGGAAGCUGUUUACCAGGAUUGGGAUGGAGACUUUCCCUGCGGUGGCUGAGGAGGUCCUGAGGGAGUUCCAGGUGCUGCUGCAGCACAGCCCCCCUCCCAUCGGAAGCGCUCGCAUGCUCCAGCUGGUGGCAAUCAACAUGUUUGCAGUGUACAACUCCCAGCCCAAAGAGUGCAUCAGUGAAGACUGCCGCUCUGUCAUCCAGGAACAGGCCACAGCCCUGGGGCUCUCCAUGUUUGCUCUCCUGGUGAGGAGGUGCACCAGCCUGCUGAGGGAAUGCCUGCAAGUUCAGUCACGAGAGGUGGAGCAGGAGGAUGAUGAGGAUGAGAUCAAGGUCUCUGCCUUGCCCCAGGACCUGAAGGAGCUGCUCCCCAGCCUGAAGGUCUGGUCAGACUGGAUGCUUGGCCACCCGGACACCUGGAAUCCUCCUCCGACCUCUCUUGAGCUCCCCAAACAGGUCUCAGUAGAUGUGUGGGCGACGCUGGCUGACUUCUGUAACAUACUGACCACAGUGAAUCAGUCGGAGGUGCCCUUGUACAAGGACCCAGAUGACGACCUUGCCCUGCUUAGCCUGGAAGAGGAUCGACUGCUCUCGGGCUUCAUUCCCCUGCUGGUCGCCCCUCAGGAGCCCUGCUACGUGGAGAGGACCUCGGACAAGGUUAUUGCAGCCGACUGCAAGAGGGUCACAGUUCUGAAGUAUUUCCUGGAAGCCCUUUGUGGACAAGAAGAGCCUUUGCUGGCAUUCAAGGGUGGAAAAUAUGUGUCAGUGGCACCCGUCCCAGACGCCAUGGGAAAGGAAAUGGGAAGCCAAGAGGGAAAACAACUGGAAGAUCAGGAAGAUGAUGUGAGGAUUGAGGCAUUUGAAGAUGAUUCUGAGGCUGAAGUCAGUGGAGGAGAGAUGGACAUCAAAGAACUCAGAGCCAAGAAGCAAGCCCUAGCCAGGAAAGUAGCUGAGCAGCAGCGUCGUCAAGACAAGAUUCAGGCCGUGCUGAAGGACCAGAGUCAAAUGAGGCAGAUGGAACUGGAGAUCAGACCUGUCUUCCUGGUCCCAGACACCAAUGGUUUCAUUGACCACCUCAGCAGCUUGAUCACUCUGCUGAACUGCAGAAAAUUCAUCCUGGUGGUGCCCCUGAUCGUGAUAAACGAGCUGGAUGGCCUGGCCAAGGGCCCGGAGAUAGAGCACCGGGCUGCAGGCUAUGCCCGCCAAGUGCAGGAGAGAGCCAGGAAGUCCAUCGAGUUCCUGGAGGAGCGAUUCGAGAGCCGGGACAACUGCUUGAGGGCUCUGACCAGCAGAGGCAAUGAGCUGGAGUCCAUCUCCUUCCGCAGUGAGGACACCACUGGCCAACAGGGAAACAAUGAUGACCUGAUUCUGUCCUGCUGCCUGCACUAUUGCAAUGACAAGGCCAAGGAUUUCAUGCCCUCCAACAAAGAAGAUCCCAUCCGUUUGCUCAGGGAAGUGGUUUUGCUGACCGAUGACCGGAACCUGCGAGUCAAAGCGCUGACCCGCAACGUGCCGGUGCGGGACAUCCCCACCUUCCUCAAGUGGGCCCAGGAGGGCUGAGAGGGC